AUGAGUGCCUUAUUAAUUGGUUGCUGGACUUGUCGCUUACGGCACAAAAAAUGCGACAUAACAACACCAUCCUGCAGGGAAUGCAGUGACCGAAAUGUCCAUUGUCAUGGGUAUGGACCAAAGCCAACAUGGAUGGAUGGAGCAUCAGAGGAAAAGAAAGAAAGAGCCCGAAUCAAAACCGCGAUCAACCAACAUGUCCGGCGAGUUCGAAAAAUGCAGAGUCGCGCCAAGAUGGCCUCGCUGCCUCAGGCAUAUAAAGAAACGCGACCUUCCUCAAAUUCGGAUGUUAAUGCUUCGGCUGCGUUUGAUACGGAAGAUGACUCGAAUAUUUUGCCAAAUGCUUCAUUGGAAAAUCUAGAUCGGCCUUCUACCCAAGAUGGCAUUUUCGAUCCCCAGGCUGCGUGCCUAUUAAUGCAUUACCUUGAUCAGGUCUUCGCGUGGCAAUUUCCUUAUUUCCGCUCUACAUCCCGGCUAGGAAAUCGGGGCUGGCUCUUGUACCUUCUUAUGAAGCGGGGGCCUCUCUACCACGCCGUUUUGAGCCUUUCAUCGCUUCACCAGAGUGCAAUUCUUGGGAGUGAGGAGGAAUAUCAACAAAGAGAGAGGGCACUAGAGCAUCAUUCCAGGGCACUCCGUGAAUUCUGCAAAUUCAUGGGCGAGGAACCUGGAAAAUUGCUGGACGAUCAUGCUCGGCUGGCCGAGUUCCUGGCAUGUAGUUUGAUUUUGAUUAGCUGUGAGGUAUGA